CAGCCGAGCACCAGCCCUGCAGGCCCUUUCCCGUGCCACCCACCCCAUGCUCUGCAGGCUCCAGAGUCUAGCCUUGGUGAACAUCUUGCCCUCUGCUUCUCAUCCUGGAUGGUCUACAGCUGUCCAGAUAAGAGAGGGCUGAGUACCCAAACCCAUGUUUGAAAGGACAGGGCUCUGACUCAGGCCCCAAAGGAUAGAAUGUGGGUCACUACUGGAAAAGUGUCUGACAGCCUGUAACCAUGUGUUCUAGUCCACUUUGUCCCUGGCUUUGUGGCCUCAGGCCCCAUCCCCUAUGUGUGCCUCAGUUUCCCCCGGCUGUACCAAUAGUAGGUAUUCUGACUGGACCCUUUCCAUCUCGCCUAUCCCGAGGUCUACUAGCCUGCGGAUCAGCCGCCAGGGGGCGCAGCGAACUCAGGCUCCGGCCGCUGCCGCCCCGCCCUGCCCCCCUCCAGAUUCCACGCCUUGACACUGUUGCCGUGGCUCCGCAGGCAAUAUCCCAUUCACCCUUGUCGCCAGCAACGACCCGCUGCUUCCCUACAGGAGAUGAAAACCCCCUUAUCACUGCCGCUGCUCCCGGUUUUCCCCUCCGCUGCCCUCCCCUUUCACCCUUAAGGGCACCUGGUGAGGGGUGGGGAACGGGUUCUGAGUCAGCGCAGCUUCAGCCUCAGCGUGGUGUGGCCUUGGGAAGCUCUUUAAUUUGCUGGCGGUAGGGCAGGGAGAUUGAGAAGGCCAUUAACGGAAACUAGGACCUUGUCUCUGUCGACGCACACACCCAGCAUCCCUCUCCACACCCACCCCCUCAGCCUGGACGUCUGGGGAGGGACCAUCCCUGGGAGCUCUUGCCCAGUCCUGCAUUGUCUGAACGCUGGAGUUCUGGGGAUCCUAGCCUCUGAUUCGGAGCAGCUUGAGGCUGUGGUCCAGGAACUCGGAAUGUUGGGGAAUGCGGCCCGGGAAUGAGGGCUGCUGUGGCCGCAUCAGCAGCACGAACGCUUGCUGCCACCACGGGGUAGGGCGCCUGGGGCCAGCCCAGGAACCAGGCAGCAGCUGGACGUGUGAGGUCUGCGGAGGCUGGCGGGUCUUACCCGGCGGCCACGAACAACCGCGCGCCAACCGGUCGCAGUUGGUGUGGCAUACCCAGCGGGGCCAGAACCCGGGCCGCGUGAGGCGGCACCAGGCAAGGUCCACCUGCUAGUGGCGCGGAACCCCCGCCGCCUUCCCCAGCAGCUCCCGGGCGCCCAGCGCGGGCAGCGGCAGCACCGCGACGUCUAGGCCAGCUUGCUUCUGUAGCACGCCGUGCUGUCAGCCAGUGGGGCUCCGUGUGCGGAGUUGCGCAGGUCCGGGCCCGCCGCCAUCCAGAACGGCCCGGAGGAGGCGCCCACAGGUGCAACAGCAGCUCCGGGACCACUGGGCGCUUACUGGUAGCCGCCAGGUGCCCAUGAAGGGCUUUAGGGCCGUGCAGGGGCCUGGGCAGGCCACCAGAUCAGUGGCACUAAUGCAUCUUGCGGGCCGGGGACCACCCUCAAGGCUUGCGGAGUUAAAAGCCAGUGCCGCCGAGAGCACCAGCGGCACGUGCCUACUCAGGCGGUGACAUCCUGCCCUUCCAGCCCUCCGUGGUCGCCUGAUACACAUUCUUUUGAAGGUUUCACAUGAAAAACACUGAGGUUACAACAUUCACCCAUAUUAUCAAGUUUCCCCCAUAUCCCACUCAAGUCACUGUCCAUCAGUGUGGUAAGGUGGCACAGAGUCACUGCUUGUCUUCUCUGUGCUACACUGUCUUCCCUGUGACCCCCCACACACCAUGUGUACUGAUCUUAAUACCCCUCAACCCCCUUCUCCCUCCCCACCCACCCUCCCCUACCCCUCCGCUUUGGUAAGGCUAGUCCCUCUUGGAGUCCGAGUCUGCUGCUUUGUUCCUUCAGUUUUGCUUCGUUGUUACACUCCACAAUUGAGAGAAAUCAUUUGGUAUUUGUCUUUCUCUGCCUCUGUUUUUAUCAGCUGCUCCCCCUGCCACUGCGGGCAGCUCUUUGCACUAGCACUGUCGAAGCCCAGCCCCUGUGGAGGAAGGGUAUUGUGCAUCCAGGCUUCUGGCAAUCAACGGUGUGUCGCUUUAAUUCAGGGUGUUUGUGGAUCUCUGUCAGUGAUUCUAAAAUCUUGCCAGAGCCCAGAAACCUACAAUUCUGCCCUUCAGUGAUCAUAAGAUCUUACCAUUCUUUAAUUUGGUUCUGAUAGCUUUGAAUUCAGGUUUGGCAAGUCUAGAUAUGAUUCGAAAUACCAAUUCAGUGAGUCUCUGCUUCCAAAAGUUCAGGAAUGUUCUGCUUCAGAUGAGUGACUUAAGGCUUUAGAGCAGCACCUCUGAGUAUUGGUGAAAACCCCAGUGGCUUUUCACCAGGGCCUGCCUCAAAAGCAAAUUCUGAUGUCAUCAAUGUCCCCUGAGGCUAUUUUCUCUCCCCUUUCACAGACUACCCUCCCAGUUUCUAGAAAGACUCCAUAUGGGCUCCAUAUUAUUCUCCCUUAACUCUGCAAACUGCCCUCUGCCCCCACUACAAUUGUCCAGUUUACCAACAGCCUUGUUAAAUCCCAUGCACCCUUCCACCAGGCUGGCCUCUCUAACCCUGGAAACAUUUGGGCAUGUGGCCCAUUCCUUCUCCAGGAGAUCCAGGCCAGGACCCCAUGACUGAAUCACACAGCCAUCCACCAAGACCAUUAAUUAGCCUCCGGCUUUUGCUUGGACAAGAGGAUCCUAACAUCACUCAUUAUAUCGUUUCCCCUCUGUCCACCCUUUUCAUCCCAGGCCAUGAAAAACUAGUUACAAAAUAAGCAGUUCAUCUCCCUGUUUUAGGACUUUCACUAGUUCCCAUUGCCCUCAGGCUUCAGACUCCUUGAAGGAUCACAAAAACCCUGCAGUAUCCAGCCAGACUGAACCCCUGGAACAACCCCUGGAUGGGUCUUGGGAUUCUCAGGGCCUGGGUGAGGAGCCCAUCUGAAGCCUGCAGAAAGGAGCCUCAUUCUGGUUUCCUAGCCUAGAACACCCCAUUGAAGACUAGGAAUCUUUUCUGAGCUUGGAUUGGAGCCCUACUUAGAGCAGGGAGCGGGAGGAGGGGGCCUAGAGUCAUCAGACAGGGCCACAAGGUGGAAGUGCCAGGAAUGGGCUGGGCUCUGGGCACGGAGGGGUUAACUAAAAGCGAAUCUCAGAGAGCGAGAUCAAUGGGUUACUCACUGCAGAAAGAGGCAGAAGCAACGCAGAGAGGCAAAGAGCCAGGCAGAGGAGCAUGCCACCUGAGGAAAACCAGAACCCGAGGAGGAGGUGGCCAGUGGCUCCUCCGGAGGCAGUGCCCAAGUCCAGCUCACCAGAGGGGCCUUAGCGGAGAAGUGAGAGGCAGACCCGCACCUGCAGGAAGGCAGCGAGGGGCAGUCACUGAGCCAGGAGGCAGCCUCAGCGGGGCCGGUUCACCUAGAAUCCAGCAAGGGUCCAGUGCCCAGAGUUGAGGUGGGUAUCGUCCAUCCCGGGUUUUGGAGGCCUGCUGCAUGCUGGAUGCUGGGGCAGUGGGGGUGCAGAUAAUGCCUUUCUUCCCUUCUUGCCGGGUCCCCUUGCCUUUAAUUUGUACAACCACUCGAGAGGUCCCAGGCAUUAAUGGAUCCACAAGUAUGCCCAGGUUGUCAGAGGCACCACCUGUUACAAGCUCUUAGAUGAGUGCUCCAGCCUGGGAGUCAGUACCAAGCUGGCAACAGCCCCAGAUCUGCCAAAGUGUGGUAUUAGCAUCCCGUGUUGUUUCCCCCCUCCAACCACCACCACUGAGCUCCAAUUCCCUCAUGCAAAAAGAGUAGUGGCCUGUAUGGUUUUCCCUGUUGUGCCACUGUUGGGGGUGGAGAGUGGUUCUCAGUAUACUGGGCUCUCCAAUGACUCAGGGAUGUUACCUGUGUUUUACUGACCUUGACCCACAUCCAAGAGUCUUCCUGGGGCUUCAGAUCCCCACGGAGAAGUAAGGAAAAUAUACCAGCUCCUGGGGUUGGAGUUGCCCUCUCCCCUCAUCUGCUAUGUCUCUGCCGGACUCUGCCUGUGCCUUUACCUGCCUCAUUGGUUGGAGGUGUCCAUCAACUACCUAGUCAGCCCUUCACACCCUGGGCUAUGGAGGUGUUCCCUAGGAGACUGAGAAAUGCAUCUCAGACAUCAAUGUGACUGUGCUGGGAACUUGCACAGUGGGACUCUGAUAAUUUUGGCUCUGUGCCCCCACUCCCAUCCUCAUUCCCCAUGAGCUUUAAGCCCAGAAGACCUGGCCAGGCCCAGGCUGGGGGCCUUGGUCGAGUUACCAGAGCAGUGGCCUCCUGUCUGAGAACUUUAGCUUCUCUUCCUCAGGUGCCCAUCUGAUGGGGACAUGGCUGAUGCACAGAACAUUUCGCUAGACAGCCCAGGGAGUGUGGGGGCUAUGGCAGUACCUGUGGUCUUUGCCCUCAUCUUCCUGCUGGGCACAGUGGGCAAUGGGCUGGUGCUGGCAGUGCUGCUGCAGCCCAGCCCUAGUGCCUGGCAGGAGCCGGGCAGCUCUACGGACCUCUUCAUCCUCAACCUGGCAGUCGCCGACCUCUGCUUCAUCCUGUGCUGCGUACCUUUCCAGGCUGCCAUCUACACAUUGGACGCCUGGCUCUUUGGGGCCCUUGUUUGUAAAGCUGUGCACCUGCUUAUCUACCUCACCAUGUAUGCCAGUAGCUUCACACUGGCUGCUGUCUCAGUGGACAGGUACCUGGCCGUGCGGCACCCACUGCGCUCGAGGGCUCUGCGCACGCCACGCAACGCCCGCGCCGCCGUGGGCCUGGUCUGGCUGCUGGCGGCGCUCUUCUCGGCGCCCUACCUCAGCUACUACGGCACGGUGCGCUACGGCGCGCUGGAGCUCUGCGUGCCCGCCUGGGAGGACGCGCGCCGCCGCGCCCUCGACGUGGCCACCUUCGCCGCCGGCUACCUGCUGCCGGUGGCCGUGGUGACCUUGGCCUACGGACGCACGCUGCGCUUCCUGUGGGCGGCCGUGGGCCCCGCGGGCGCGGGGGUGGCCGGGGCCCGACGCAGAGCCACGGGCCGCGCGGGGCGCGCCAUGCUGGCGGUGGCCGCGCUGUACGCCCUCUGCUGGGGCCCGCACCACGCGCUCAUCCUCUGCUUCUGGUACGGCCGCUUCGCCUUCAGCCCGGCCACCUACGCCUGCCGCCUGGCCUCGCACUGCCUCGCCUACGCCAACUCCUGCCUCAACCCGCUGGUCUACGCGCUCGCCUCGCGCCACUUCCGCGCGCGCUUCCGCCGCCUGUGGCCCUGUGGCCGCCGCCGCCGCCGCCGCCCCCCGGGCGCCCACCGCGCCCUCCGUCGCAUCCGCCCGGCGUCCUCGGGCCCUGCCGGCUGCCCGGGCGACGCCCGACCUCGCGGGAGGCUGCCGGCCGGUGGCGGCUGGGGCGGGGAUCCCAGGAAGGAGGCUGCCCGCGGUGGAGAGGCCGGGCGAGCCGGGGCUGCCCCGAGACCGGAAUAAACCUUGCCGCCUCCCUCUGCUGGGCGUCCGUGCAUCUGUCACUCCCAGUCCCAGGGCGGAACGCUACUAACGUAGGGGAUGGGGCCAACGCCAGGGGCAGUCCGAGGAACAGUGGUCGCGCGGCGCUCACAGCCCUGCGGUGAACGUGGGUCCACGCAGCCAAGCGCAGCCCCCACGUGCCAUCCAUAGGAGGGCAGGCCCUCCGCUCAACGCCCUAACCUGGUCAGCACCUUCUAGGCCCUGCCUCCUCCUCCACCCUUUACCCUUCUCCCUUUCAAGCCCUGUCGCUAUUAUUAAUACUAGUGGCUAAUAUAGAAAAUUUAUUACACAUUUACUAUGUAUCUUAUGCAGAACUACUACGUCAAUUACCAAAGCAGCUUUGCAAGGUAAGUGUAAUUAGUUCCAUUUUACAGGUGUAGAAAUCAAGAAUCAGAAGGUUUAGUGAUUUGCCCAAGGUUAUAUAGUUGGUGUUUGGCAGAGGUUGGAUUCAAACCCACUGCCGUCUAACUGUGUCUACUCAGUGGAGUCUCCUUCACCUCUGAGGCCUCUGCUCUGUUAACGGUUUCUAAGAUUUCCUUGGUUCUUCCUGAUUCUGCAUCUGCCCUCUUUCCCAAACCUGCAGCUCCCACAUUUGACUGGAUGCCCUGGAAAUCCCAGAGAGCCCAAGCGCCUUCCUUAGGAGAGUUCUUUUCAGUUACUCAGGCCAGUGGGCUUCCCCUGGGCUUCCCCCAGCCAUCAAGACCUAGGUCCACUGCCUGACCCAACCCCUUCGUACUGUUCCUUCAGCCAUUUGGUGCCCCUGAGCCAUCGUAAGGCCCCAGCUGGCCUCCCAGCAGCCCUGGCUGCCAUGUGGCCCCCUCCCUCCCUAUCCCUGCACACAGCUGGGGUAGUCUGUGGCUGUGGAAACCUCUUAAUUAACCAAUAAAUCAGUCUCAAUGGUUGCAGAGCUGCCCACAUCCCUCCCUUCCUCCCUCACCUAACGCCAAUAAUGUUUAUUAGCUUCUGGUUUAGGCCUGAGACCUAUCAGCCUCAGUGUCUCCAAGCACACCUCCUAGCUGCUGGGCACCCUGGGAAGGCCCCACCCUAAUAGUAGGCAGCUGCAGCAUCCUCAUCACUGUCUGUCACCUGCCACAGACCCAGGGGUCAAAGUAGCAGUUACCCUUCACAGGGAGAGAUGAGACCCAGCCUCUGCUUUGAGGGCCCAGCUCAGAGGCCAACACCUGGUGUAUUUUCUCCCACAUCUCUUCCAAGGAUUCCACGGCCGACUCAGGGUGCAGCAGGGGGAGUGUGUCUGGAGGGCAGGGUGUGACACUGCCUACUUCCGCUCUACCCUCAUGGCCUCUGUUACCCCGUAGCCACCAGUCACUCAUCCACUGGCUCAUCAUUGCUUUGCACCAUCCCUGGCUGGCAAGGGACAGUAUCUCCAUUUUCAGAAGCAAAAACUGAGGCUCAAGGAUGUAAGGUAACUUGAUCAGGGCCAAGUGGCAUGUUCACAGCAGAGCUGGGAUACUACCGGGCCUAUGGGAUGGCUCUCACGGCAGCCCAGGCAACACUGGGAAAACAUCGCAGACUACCUGACAGCAGCUGCACAACAGUGGUGAGUGCCUACAAAGCAGAAUUAGGUAACAAAAUCUCCCCCACUUGGCCGUGGUCAGUCCAGCCACCCAUCUGGGCUGUGGCUUUUCCACAGACACCUUUGUGGGCACAGAGAGAUAACCAAUUGAAAACAGCCUCCAUCUAGGAUGGGCAGGAGACAAGAUCACCAAGCCGGGGAGUGGCAUUGCCAGAAUUUAAACCUGCCUGAAACCCCAGGCCUAGGGGAGCAGGUUGGUCAGUGGUAACCCUCCACAGGGGCCUGGAUCUCGGCUCAACUGGCAGAGGGACAGUUGCACAGCUCAGGCCUCUGGCUGGACUCCAAAGGCUCCUGCUUCUGAAGCAGAUCCCUCUGGCCCUUUGGAACCAGAUAAAGAAACAUGGGGGCCCCAACUAAUGGAGGACAGUACAGCCUGGCCCAGAGGAGGCACACAGCAGGUAUCUGAUACACAGGGGAGAGGUGCCAGGGAAGGAAAGGCAUGGUCUUUCCCUUCCUUCUUUCCUUUAUCCCCCAAACAUUUGAGCACCUGCCUCAAGCUAUGCCUUGAGGGGAAGACAAAGGUGGUGUGUGUUUGACCUGUUGUUCUCUGCCUUCAGGAGCUCUCAGACUAGCUGGAGAGCAAAAUACCAAAAGAGAAAGGAUAGCACCAUGUGAUGGAACCGUAACAUAAGAGCACAUAGUUCUGAAAGGGUAUGGAGGAAGCUCCAGCCUGCCUGGGCAGGCCAAGCAGGAGUCCCAGAGGAGGUGACAUUUAAGAUGCAUUUUCUGGAGAAAAGGUGGGAAGGGCCUGCCAGGUAGAACAGCAGCUUGUGCCAAGGCAGGGUACAGGUAGGAGCCGCAUGUGGGCUCAUGCAGCUGAAGCAGGGCAGGGUGGGGUCUGGGGAAGCCAGGAGGGUGAGUGUGGUGGGAUCAUAUGCACCGCCUAGGCCAGCUGAGCAGAAACUUCCUCUUCGAGGCAGACCGGUAGGUUUUGAGGAGGGGAGGAGCCCCAUCAGAAGUGUGGUCAGAAAGCCCCUGGGAUUGCUGUGUCGAGGCUGGGUUGGAAGUGCCAGGCUGGCAGCAAGAAGAGCAAUCCAGAGGCUGCUCUGUGAGCCCCUGGCAGGAAAGCCACCACCAAGGGCCUGGCCUAGAGCUGGGAAAUUAUUUUUGCCAUGGAUUUGGCAGGAAGAUUGAUGGCCUGCUGCUGGGCCUGGGCUUGACCCCUGAGGCCCAUGGAUCUGCUUCAGAGGGCUAAUGAAAUGCUCGGAAGAGCAGAUGGUUAAAAUUCUUUGGUUAGGAGAGAGCUCUGAGUCCUGUAGGGCCAGAGGAAGGCACCGGGGGCUAGGAUGGAGGCUGAAUGUGCCCUGGGUUGGGCCUGGGGCAGCCUGGAGCUGAACUUUGAAUUCUGCAGCCCUCUCACCCUCCUAUCUGUGCAAAACUCUUGGGGGUGGGCCUAUAGUAUUCCUGUCUGAGCACAUAGGGUUCUCCUUCUGGAAAGAAAGACAGCAGCACAGGGGAUUGUGGGAGCUCAGAGGAGGGCCCUAGCCCAGCCUAGGGAGGCAGAGAAGACUUCCGGAAGGAGCUGGUGCCCUAGCUAAAUCCUGGAGAAUUAAUCAGGGGAAGGGAGAGAAUGAGGGACAUGUACACAGGCGCCCUGGAGGCAGGCACAGUGUGAUGUGCCGAGGCCUGGAACAGGGAACACAGGAGCCCUGGCAGCAAGUGAAGUGGGAGAGGCGGAAGGCAGUGGCAAAGGAUUCUGUAAACCCUCUCUGAAAUGGAGGCUGCACUUUGUCCGGAGGGCCAUGGGGAGCCACUGAAAAGUUUUGAUCAAGAGUGACUGAUCAGAUUCACUCCUUAGGGAACUCUGUCUGGCUACAAGGCAGGCUUGCCUGGGAAGGGAGAGCAGAACGAGACUGGGGGCAGGGAGACCAAGUGGGAGGCCGGUGUGAGAACCUAGAGAGAUGAAGAUACCCUAGUUGGCAGCAGUGGGGAGACAAGGACAGGACAAUCACUUAGGAGGUGUACUUGAUGAUUAAACAUUGAUGCGGGGCCGGGGGGCAGGUAUCCCGGAUGACAUCCCAGACUUGUGGUUUGAGCUGCUGAGGGCGGCAGUGAUGGUGGGGGAGCAGCUUUGUGGGGUGCGUGUGGAGGAGAGAGUGCUCAGCUGGAACAUGUUGAGACUGAGGGGCCUGGGGAACAUGGUGGGGGUGCCCCUCGUGUACUGGGCACCUGCUCCGUUUCAGGCCUUGUGCUUGACCCUGGAACAUGUGUCUCAUUUGCUUUAGAGUCUGAAGGUGGAGAAACUCAGAGAAGCUCAGAGAGAGAUUAAAUUAUUUGCCCAAGAUCACAGAGCCAGCCCAAAACAGAGGUCUAACUCAGCUUCUUUUCUGAUUUCGGUUCCUGGUCUUUAGGGAGAAGAGACAGGAAGGAGCUGAUUGAAGGGGAGGAAGGAAUUUGAAUGUGCAAAGGUAACCCCUCAGCCCUGACCCUGACCUGUGUAACAGCCAUAGCCAGGCUGAAACCGUAGCCCGGCUGAGGGGAGGGUGGGUGAGGUGAGGGCUGUGGCACAGCUCUGUUAACCACCACUCCCUGCCUACGGCUGGCAGGAACGCCAUCAUUUAUCAACUUUGAGGUGUGUACCUGGGGACAUACGUACCAAUUAACCACCCCGAGGUUUCCUAUUAAUGAGCAUCACUUCCUCUGCCCUGAUGCAGGGCUCAUUUGCCAGCUGCCAGCUGGAUCCAGGAUGGCAUGAGGCCAGAGGGACAGGCUGUGCAGGGGUGGAAUUGGUUUAAGAGGACAAGACUGAUUUACUGAGGCAUCUGCUUGGUGCCAAGUUGGUUUAGCAGCCCAGGCUCUGUGUAGGGGUGAGACUGAAGCAGGAGGGAGAGUGGUGAGGGGCUGAGGGGCAUGGAUGUCAGCUUGGAGGAGCUGGGGGUGCUCUGGACGGCUGUGGUGCUGGAGAGGGUGCUGACCUGGGCAUCUGGUGGACUUGCCAGGUCAACUCAGAGAUGGCAUAGUCAAGGCAUGGACUUUGAGCCACGUUGUUGGGUGUGAAUCCUGGUUCCUGCACGUCACAGCUCUGCCCUCUCUAUGCCUCAGUAACAUGUAGAACUGAGCUCUGUCUGAGCCGGGUCCCAUUCGAGGCAAACCCCCUCGGUUGCGUGCCGGCCUCUGCCGGUUGUCUGUGAUGCUUCGAGGGCUCUCUGGCUAAUAGAUCCUCGUCUCCAUCAGGACUCUUACAAUCCAGCUAAGGAGGCAAGGCUCACCCACCCCUGCCCUCUGGGUGUGAUGAGCACCAAGUGCUUCUAUAACAUGCCAUUCGCCUAGGCUUCCAAAGUGGGAGAAAGUCACUAGGCUGGUGUCGGCCAGUCACAAGGACAACAGAACCGUCAGCGCCCUGACCGGGGCUUCCCGCAGCGUGUUUCCUCAUCCAUAAAGCGAGCUGAUCAUAUCUCCCUUCUGCACCGAGGCCUCAGUGUGAGCUGCAGAGCCAGCCUCACGGGGUUUGGGCCCCGAUCCCCUCUGGGCCCCCUAGCUGGGGGAGCCAGGGUGUCAGUAAUGACCUCCUGACCCUGUCUUGGGCUCAGCAUCUCAAGCAACCUAGGGAGCAAGCAGCCCUGGAGGGGAUAGGGGCUGUCUCCCGGAGGGGCCUUCCCCCGGAGCUCCUGGUGCCUGCUCUGGGUAAGGGCGCAUCCAAUGGCAGAGAAGAGGUGAUAAAGCCGCCUCGGAUUCCUGCUGCCAGAGCAUCUCUGCAGACUUGGGGACCGCAGCAGCCUGGCUUCACCUCCCCCUCUGGCUAGCCUCUUACUCCCCUGGGCCCACAGCCAGCUCAUACCCGUCCUCCGUCUCCAGGCUUCGCUCAUGCUGCUCCCUCCACCCACCUCUGGGUGCCUGUGAGGACAGAUGAGGCUGCCACCAAAGAUCAGCAAGGACCACUCCAGACCCAGCUCAGCCCCAUUACCUGGCACUGUCCUCCCUCCCCAGGUGGCCAGGUGCAUGCCUUGUGUUCAGCGAGGAAAGGGCCAGGCCUUCCCUGCACCUGAGCCAGGUCGGAGCCCAAGAUGUCCGUUCAGUAAGGUUCCUUGCUUCUUACCGUAUCCUGGAGCACUAAGGGCACUGGUGCUUUGGACAUCUUGGCAGAGAUUAUGCUAGACCUGAGCUGGGCCCUAUCUGACCUCAAGCAAGUUACUUUCUCUGAGCCUCCAUUUUUUGCAUCUAUAAAAUAGUGGGAGCAGUAAUGUCAACUACCUAAUAGUGAGAACCUGUGAAUAUUCUUCUCCAGGCAUUUACCACCGUCUGCCAUGGGCGACGACAGGCACUUUGUUCUCUCAUUCACUGCUGUAUUCCCACACAGAGCAUUGCCCAGUGCACAGCAAACAUCCAGGAAGUAUUUCUAACGUGAAUGAAAUGUGAGGUAUAAAGCAAGGACCCUACCCAGCAGGUGAAACCAACAAGUGUGGAUUUCUUCUUCCUGCCCCUCCACCCCAUCCCCUCCCUGCUUCCCACACUCACUCACUCCCAGAGCAGCUAUUACCAGAACUAACUCCUAUGCAGGCAACCUCUGUGGAGAUCUCCAUCCUGCCCCUGCCCAGCCCGGCCAGCUCAGGGCCUGUGUGUGUUUUCUGACUCACUCCAGUGUCUGGGGCUGACCUUAACUGGCUGGCUCUUCAGACAGAUUUGGGGUUGCAGGGAAAAUCCUGGCUGGAAAUGGGGUGAAGCAGACUGUCUGUCUGUCUGGCAAGUAUCUGAUGACUGGCCCAUAAGCCACCUUCAUCUGCCAAGCCCUCCAUUCAGUUUAUACAGCCAGGGAGGGAGUAGACAAUAGCCCCUUUGCUGGUCUGCACAGCCUGUUCUCAGUGUUACACGGCAACAGGGCCAGAGUGGGUGGUGUGCCACAGGACGGAGGACACUGCAGAGAUGCCCCCAGCUUUCCAGGUGGGGAGUGGCUUGGUCCAGACCAAGAACUUGUUAUGAGUUAAGCCAGUGAGUCUCUCUCUGUAUCAGGCUGUCCUGGAAACGGGUGCAGUCACCUCGGCAUUCACCACAUCCCAGCACGCCCCAACCCCUCGGCUCUGCCAACAUACAGCAGCCUGCCUCGGGAUAAUGAGUCUGGGAAGUGCCCAGGUGGUCCCCAGGAUGCCCCUCACCUAUCUGUGGCAAGAGUUUUUAACCUUUUCUGAGUGUGAACUCUGCUGAGAAUGGAAGCUAUGGACCCUUGUAUCAGAAUCACACAUGCGCACUCUUCACACAAAAUCUUGUAUCGUUUUGGGGGUUCAUUCUUCUCUAAGGGCCCGUUAACCAAACCCCUUAGACCUGAAAUUGAGAAACUUGCCUCACUUCUCUUGAGGGUGAGCGGCCCUGGAGUGUGGUGGGGAGAGGCUCACAGGAGCAGGUCCCAUGAAGUUGCCACUGAGUUUGAAGUCCAUUCCCUCCCACCCUGGUGUCUCCUCUACUCUGGAC